AUGGGCGAAGCCACAAUAGCUCGCCAAAGCACUUUCUCCUCACACGUGGUAGAAAUUUGCGAGUUGUCGACGCAAGAACUAGCAUGUCGCACGGCUCUUCUCGAACGACGGCUCUGGAGCCGCCACCAUGCCCCCCUCCCGACAGGGGGGGACGCGGCUUUGCCAAGGGGCCAGCCGGACGACCCGGGAAACUCUAGCCCGGCCCUCGACUUACCGGAGGACGCGGGGCCUCCGGAGAAGGCUCCUUCUCCCUCCGCUGGUAGCCCCACAUCCUCUGCAAACGGGGCAGGGGCGCAAGAACACACCGCAUCUGCUGCUCACGGGACAGGGGCUCCAGUACACGCCGCAUCUUCUGCUCACGGGACAGGGGUUCCAGUGCACGCCGCAUCUUCUCCUCUCGCGGACUCUCAGCUGCCGACCUCCUCAGCGGCUAUGGAGUCAGGCUUGGCGGGGGAUGCUUCCUUCACCAUGGCAGACCAGUCGCUGCGUAGCGGCAAGACGGAUGCAGUAACGCCGCGGCUGGACGGAACCACCGGGCGCGCUUCGGGGGAGGAUUCCGAGUCCUCCUCGUCGCCUUCGCAGGCUUUCACGCCCCCGGUUCAUCCGCGCGACAUGUUUGAGGCCCUUACCGCGGCGAUGAAGGCUUCUUCGGGGCCCCCGUACCUAGAUGUCUGGCGCCAGACCAUCCAGGAGUUAUUUGCGCUGGAAUUUGCCCGCCUUCCAGUCAGCUUCGACGCGUUGCCGGCCGAACGCAAACGGUAUCCCAAGCUCACAAGUACCGAGCUGGUGAGUUUGCUGGAUUUGUUUAAGCAGUGUUUUGUUGUGACAUCCGGCCGCUACGUCGACUGGACCCGUUUAGCCCACCAGAUCAGUAAGGAGAUCCUCGUCACGAAGUGGGCGUUCAAAGAAAUCUUGCGCAAGCUGGCCAGCCGACAGAAAUGGGCUGUGGCUCCAAUCCCGCGGCUGUGGUCUCAAGUCGUGCAGACAGGCAGUGCUGCUGCACCUGCCAGUACGACAGGCAAGCAGCGUACCGUGUUCGAUGACUUUAUGUUCGAUCCGGCACAUUUUUCGGAGGAAGAGACGACCACGCUCCGAGCCAUUUGCGCAACGCGCCUUAACUUGACAGGUACUCACCGUCUGCGCGAGGGUACAGAUGAUGAAUGGCGCAUCAUCAUUGGGAUUGCGGAAGGGCUUAUUGCCUGUCGUCGGCUGCCUGAUUUUCUCAAUUCUGUCUUCGACAGCGACGAGCGGCUUCGGUUGUGUCGGACUGUUCAGGCGCAGGUCGAGGGACAGUUGGUAUUAAAACUUAGACAUGGACGUGAUAUCCCAAUUGGACGCCGGACGACCCACGCUAUUACGGAGAAGAUUUUGGAAUCGGCGGAAAUCUUGCGGGUCUGCUUGCCGGAUCUUCACCGUUUCCUCGGGUUGGCCAAGACGAUAAGCUACAAUCGUUCUACCCGUUCAAUCCACUUCUAUUUCUUUACGCGAGCCAUUGCCAAGGCGCACCAGGAUGUCGUAGUGCCUUUUCAGGGGAGGGCGUACACGCUCGAGAAUGUUCAUCACCCGGUCAGGGGCUCGGUCUGGUUGAAUCAGCGGGGACCAGACGGGCGGUCGAGCCACCCUCGGGCAGCAUACACCAUUUUGCUGUAUAAUCUCACCCGGUUUGAUGAUAUUGGGCGCAUUGCUGCCUACCUCCGCUCCAAGAUACCAACGGAUUUUGAGCUGGAGGAUAUGGAUACCUGCACCCCGAACUCACGUACGUCCACUGCCUGGAAAGUCACCUUUCAUCUGGCGGGUUGCCCGACCUUUCUCCAAGGAGUAGUCAGACUGCUUUGGUUUGGGACCCCCAUUAUCGUCCGGCAUCCGGACGUGGGCCGUCGCCUCCAAUGUUUGCAAUGUGGUACGCUAGGCCACCCGGCGUCGAGGUGUCAGUUCACUGAUGCGCAGUUGCGGGGGCCGGGCGGGCUGGAGGUCCACGAAGCCGAGCUUUUAGCUGUUGAAGAUCUGGCCAAACCGUUUAGUAGCCCUGAUGAAAUGCGGCAAAUGGCGCAGCGACGACUGAUUGUGCAGCAAUCAGCCGAUGCAGCGGCACAAGCUGCGGUGACUCCGGCGGUACCGGUCGCCACUUCCAGUCCACCGCCGGCCGCCGAGCCCCAGCCAACAGGUAUACCUAUCCAAUCGGUGUAUACUACUCAUGUCGCGCACGAGGGCCCGCCUCCUCCGGCCCCAAAACCCCGGCCCGAACAGCCAUGGAUGAGACGCCCCCUUCGAGGGGGUCGUCGGCCUUGGCCCCCAGUUCAGCCUUCCCCGCCUCAGCUGAACGACAGCAGCGGGAGUUAUCACGUUCUCCAGGAGGAUGAUAGGGCAGAGGAGGGUCCGUCUUCCCCAUUUGAAGGCAGUGUCGCCUCUGCACCUCCGCAGCCGGGGACGGGAGGCUCCUCGACUCCUGCUUUUUCGGCACGGCUGUCCCACUCUCGGCUUCUGCCGGAGGAUCAGGCCCGGAAACAAGCAGCCGGUAUCCGGGGCCCGGCGGUAGUUACCGCGGGUCCGGCUCUCCUGACCCAGCAGCGACGGGAACGUCUGACUUGCGAAAAGCUUUUAAAGCUGCUGCCGGAUCGGCAAUGUCACUCGAUACCCAUGGAUCCUAAGCCGCCAGCGGAACCCAUCCACAUGGGCGAGCUUGUGAGUAUUCUGGGACUUCGGGAAAUUAACACCCCAGCGAACGGCAAUUGUUUGGCGAUAGCUCUUGCUCAAGCGGUGGCUGAGUCUGCCUUGACCGCCCCUACCAAGGACCAGGAGCUUCUCACGGCUUGCAUUAAACGAGGUAUCACGUGUACAGGACUCUUGAACUUGGAGGAUCAGCUCCCUCACGACUUGCGGGUGCAGGCACUUAAGAACGUGGGCCGUGGGUGGGCGUCGAUGACGCGCACAGAGUCGGCUUCUCAAUUCCGCUGGUUUUUGACGGACUUUGCGGCCACCCCAUCGGGGCGAACUUCGCAUGUGCCUACGGACUGUUGGGGGGGCAGUGACACACUCGGCAUGGCAGCCACGUUUUUACAGAGAGACAUCUUUGUCGUUCAACGCGAGGAAGCCACCCCUCAGUGGCGUUGCCGCAAGUAUCACCCCGUUUCGAUGACUGUACGGGGACGGGCGGUGGCUUCUGUAAAAGAGUACCCCCUUUCCAUUAUGGCGUGCAUCGACGAGCUGCAGGCUACCAAAGUCGGGGCGACCCAGGCUCUACCGUUAGUGUUGCGGUUUGGCGGCAGCCACUACUCGGCAUUGCUCCAUUCAGCGGGAGUGGCCGAUCCGUUAAACCUUACCGAUACCCAGGACGGGCCGAGUGCGUCGCCGCAGGAUCCGGUCCACUCCUUCGAGGACGCUAAAGCCACAUCGUUGGUACCAUUGGAGGAGAAAAGCGCUUCAGCACUGCCCUCAGACGACAAACUCCUUCCAGACAGCGGUGACCGGACGUCGAUCGUCAUUUACGACGCUGGAGACGCGGUCGCUCGAACCUCGGCACAACCCUCUUGUCAAUUGGCUUUAACUUCUACUUCGAGCAGCUGUUGCGAACGCGGGAUGGCCUCUGCGGCGCGGAAAAGGGGCCACGGCGGCUCUCCCCCGCUCCUGGCGGCGUCUGCGGAUCCAGGUGCCGUCGUUCCGAUCGGCUCUCGCCACAAGAAAGGUCGGGUUCGUUCAGCCCUACGGAAUUCUUCACUAGACGCGCCGGACGACAGAAUCGAUCGGGACGAAUGGCCGGAGCUCUGGAGUUAUCUGGGAGCCGAAUGGCCGACAACAGCAGCAACACCGUAUCCUCUAGUAUAUGGAGACUCCAACGGGUGGGAGGCUACGGCUCGUUUGGAGCCGGAAUUGUUACUCCAUCACUUGCGCCGCUUCGUCUUUCCAGACGAAGUACUUGCUAGCUUGUCCGACACAGUUUUUGUACAGUGGACGGCGCUGUGGCGCCAGGAGUGCUUAUUAUCCGGGCUCCUAGAAUUCCGACAGCGAGUGACAGAGCUACCCACGGGUGUUUGGCUCGACCAAUGGAUUGCUCGAUCGCAGCAGCGCCUUUCGCCGUCUCUGCUGGCCCCUCUGAUUGACAAUUCCGACGAUUGGAGAAAGUUGCGAGGGAUUAACUAUGCGGGGGACGACGUUUUACGAUUGUGUGACCCGCACAGACGCGUCCGAAUGAGUCACCACCUCAUGUGUGCCAUCGUGUUCGACAACGAGAUUUUUGCGCUGACGGGGACUGGCGGAAAGCCAGUACGCCCUCCCGAGCAACUCCGUUGCCACUUUCGCUUACUUCGGACCAAUAGUACCUACAAGGAUACGUACUACCCAGACGGGGAUGCUCCGAUCGACUGGACUGCGCUCGUUCGCUAUUUUACUACUGCUUUGGCCCCGGCAGAGCAGAGGUUCCUCCUCGAGUACUAA